ACCAGACCAGACCUAUUCUGUGGCUGUGUUGUUAAAUCAAAAUUUGUUAAGUUUGUUUCACGGUUUGUUUAUAUUUGCCAUUUUAGUGUUAUUUUAAUUAACAAUUGAAAAUAUAUAAAUUGUUGUAAUUAACAAUAUGGGGAGACUAAAUACAGGUUUGCUCAACAACGGUCCCGGUAGCGAUGAAGUGUCCCCUAAUCGAGAAUUGGAACAAAUUCCUGCUCUUGAUUCAGAUUCUGAUGAGAGUUACUACGAAAACCUAGAAAAUUAUACUCUUUUAUCUCAAAACCCCACCGAUGGUGAUAUGGUUUACGGCAUUCUCGAUACGGAUAGUCAAGAGUCAGAUAAUGAAGAAGAAAUUGAUCAGGGAGUCGCCGCUUCCACUAUUACCACGGCAAUUUGUGACAUUCCAGAUAUGCCUUUUAUCGAGGAGGGCGAAGCUAGUAUAGUUGAAGAGGUGUCGACUCAACCAGCUCCAAAGGAGGUAGAUAUUGACAUGUCACAAAAGGUGAUUGAACUUGUAAAGGAUCUCAUGCUGAAUAUACAAUUACCAAACAGCUCCUAUCCAGAAUGGGCAAAAAAUGUGCCAGAAGAAGAAUGGAUAAAGCAUCUUACAUAUAAGUUAAGUAAAAGUGUUCCUGAUGGAAGCACUUAAAUUGGUUAGUUGUUAAUUAUACAGGGUGCUCCGAGUUAUAAUCGGGACACUUCAACAGCAUAUUCUGCAGAUAAAAGUAAGUAAAAAGGUUUGUAUAAAUUUAUGUCCUAAAACGUUUUGUUUUGGAGAUACAGGAUAUAGAAAUUGUAUUUCUAUUUUGUUUUUAUUUCCAAAUAAUUUCUGAACUAAAGUCAAUAUUUGGAUUAAAGUUGGUGUCUGGGUUUUUUUGUACGAGAAAUUUAAUUUCAAUGUUAAUAUGACUCCUACAUGUAGGGGUCGCCACCUAACCAUUUUUUUAACUGUUUUAAAAUAUAAUAACUUUUCUUUUGUACCUAGUAGAAGAUUGCGCUACUGUUAGACAAGUAGUGUGUAACACUACUGGCAGAGAAAAUAUACAUUUGCGCAAUUUUUUACUCAAAUAUGGCAAAAAUGGUUAUGAGUAACCCUUUUCAAGAUAUUAGGAAUUGAAAUAAUCACUAGAAAUCAUAUUGUCUAUAAGGUUAUUAGACUGAAACAAUAAAUUUGGAAUUGUUUUUAUGCCAAAGGUUCAACAAAUUUUAUCCUUAAUUUUUCUCUAUAAAUUUAUGAUUUAUGUAAAAACAUAAAAUAUUACCAAAUUUAUUAUUUCAGUUACAUAACUAUCCAUGUUUAUUAUUUGUCAAUGAUGACAUGUAUUGAUUAUUUAAAUUUCAAAGAAUUUUGAGAAAUGUUGCCUGAACCGAUUUUUACAAAAAACAUUUCUACCUAAAAAAAGGGAGGAAAUAUACAGUGUGUCCCAGGCUAGAGCAUGCAUUAGAAGUUUCUAUAGAACCACAAUAUCUUGAUCGGGGAUCUUUUGCACAUCACUGUUUUACAAAGAGAUCUAUUGAUAAAAAAUAUUUUCAAUAUGGCGGCACUUCCGGAAAUACUGGAAGUUGACAGCAACUUUCUUAUUUAAAAUGGGUGCCCCCAUUUUUUAUAACAUACUUAAAUU